UGCAUACUAUUUAUGAUAACCACUGUAUAAUCGCCUGCAGCAGGCCAUACAGAGAGAGAGAGAUUGCCUGACCAUAUAAUAGCUGGUGUUGCUUGCACAACUAGAUAUAGCAAAAGAGCUCUUGCUCAUCGCUCGACACUUAGCAUCACCUAAUUAACCCUAUUAUCUCACAAUGGCGGACCCGGGAUUUGACUAUAAUGAACACCCGCACAGACGCUACAAUCCAUUGACACAACGAUGGCUCCUGUGUAGUCCCCACCGCACGAAACGUCCCUGGCAGGGUGGAAAAGAGACCGUCAAUGAAGACAGACCCUACGAUCCCAGGAACAACCUUCUCCCUGGUGCCGUGAGGACAUCCGGAGAAGUCAAUUUAGAGUAUGAGAGCACCUUCGCCUUCACAAAUGACUUCUCAGCUCUCCUGCCAGACACUCCACAUGGUCAGGUGGGGUCAGUAGAAAAUAACAAUCUGUUCAUCGCGGAGGCGGUGCGAGGUGAAUGUCGCGUGCUGUGCUUCCAUCCCCGACACGACCUCACCAUCGCAGAGAUGACUCAGGAGGAAAUACAAGCCAUCGUGACACUUUGGACAAUUCACUAUGAGGACUUAGGUUCCAAACCGAGCAUUAACUAUGUUCAGAUCUUCGAGAAUAAGGGCGCUGCGAUGGGCUGCUCUAAUCCCCAUCCCCAUGGUCAGAUCUGGUCCGGUAGUUUCAUACCGGAAAACAGUCGCGUGUCACUGGAAUCCCAAGCAAACUAUAAGAAGGCGAAAGGUAUACUCCUUUUGCAAGACUACGUUGAACAGGAAGUGGAGAAAAAAAUCCGAGUUAUCGCUCAGAACGAGUACUUCGUAGCGGUGAUUCCCUUUUGGGCUGCGUGGCCGUAUGAGGUGAUGAUUAUGCCAGCCCCAGGUCGCCACUACAAGUCUUUAUCCGAUCUCGACGAUGCUGCAAAGUCGGGUCUAGCAGAUGCUAUGGGGCGAGUGACCAGACGCUAUGAUAAUCUGUUCGAAUGUUCGUUCCCAUACUCAAUGGGAAUUCAUCAGGCACCCACGGAUGGCAAGGAUUACUCCUUUGCCCAGAUGCAUCUUCUCUAUUACCCUUGUCUACUGCGUUCUGCCACGGUAAAGAAGUUCAUGGUAGGAUUUGAAAUGCUGGGAGAGCCCCAAAGAGACUUAACGGCCGAGCAGGCUGCCGACAAGCUAAAUGUGGUGAGCGAUACGGAACAUUACCGUAAGCGACUGUCGAAAGAAGAGUACGAGAAAAAAUAUUUAUCGAACAAGUAGUAUUUGUUCGAAAAUGAUAAAACAAUUUUGUAUUUAGAAGUCCAAUCACAGUAUUUAGAGUACAAAAAAGUUACAAAAGUUAUAAAUAGUCUAGUGAAGUG